UUCCCCUCUUCCGCCUUCCUCUCCCUCUUCCCGGCCCAUCUGGGAUGCUCUGCUCCGGCCCCGGGGAGGGCAGUGGGGGCGCCCCAGGAGGCAGCGCGCCGCCAUGGAUGGGGGUGAGAUGCCCAGCGAGGCGCGGCGGGCGCCCCGGGCCCCCAAGCAGCGCAACCGGGCCCCCGCACCGGCAGAGGGCCCUGAGGGCACCGAGGCGGCCGCCCGGGGCCCCCACGCCGUGCUGGAGGGCAAGGUGAAGGCCCUCAAGGAGAAGCGGGGCGCCGGGCGGCCAGGGGGCCCCGCCCCCGCCCCCGAGCGCCCCUCGCCCAAGAAGCCGCGGCCCCGCCGGGCCAAGCCGGGCGCCGAGGCCGCCCCGGAGCCACGGGCCCGGCUCUGCACCUACCUCACUGACGGGCUGCUGGACGGCGGUGAGACGGGGUCCGGGGCCUCCCCGUGCGGCAGCAGCGCCGGGGGGCCCUGGAGGAUGCCGGGGGCCGGCAGCGGGGCCGGUGGGCUCUCGCUGGCCCAGCGCGUGGAGAGGAACCGGCGGCUGCUGCAGGAGGUGCUGGCGCUGGUGCCGGGGAGGGCGGCCGCCGGGCCCCCGCAGGACGGCCCUGCUCACGAGCUGCCGGCGAGCGAUGCCGACUGGGACUCGGGUGUCUCCCUGCCGGAUGCCGAAGGCUGCAGGGCCUCGGUGCCCGGGCCGGAGCUCGCGCUGAGCCCGCGCCAUGAGCAGGCCAAGCAGCUGCUGCAGCGCGCCCGCAUGAAGGCGCGGACCAACCCGCUGCGCGCCAGCCACGACAUCCUGCCCGCCGGCCCCAGGGAGCCCGGUGGGACGCCCGCACCGGAGCCGAAGCGGAGGGAUGGAGAGGCGCCGGCCGGCGGGAGCCUGAGCGACUCAUCGAGCGGGGAGUCAAGCGGGGGCCCACGGCGGGCGCGGGGGCCGUCGCCGUCCCGCGUGCGCUUCGAGGACGAGUCGGCCCGCGACGCCGAGGCGCGCUACCUGGAGCGGCUGCAGCUGCGGCAGCGCCGCGCACUGGAUGCCGCCCUCAGCUCCCCAGCCCGUGGCCCCCCGCUCGCCAAGCCCGGCCCAGCUGGCGGCGAGGGCGAGCGGCCGAGCCGGGGGCCGGGGCGCCCAGGGGACGCGGCUGGCCCGGGCAGGGCCGCGGGCGCCGGGGGCAAGUGCAAGGCUUGCGGUUCCUACCUGGGCACCGCGGUGGAGAACGGCCAGGGCGAGCGGCACGCGGCGCCUGCCCCCCCACCAGAGCCCCGGGCUGGGACGCUGGGCCCCCGGGGGUCUCCCCUGUGGAUCCUCCCUUCCCGGCAGCGCAUCCACACCGAGAGGAUCAAGGAGACCUACAUCGGGGACACGACCCGCCUCGACGACGCCGACUCUGCCCUGGAGAGCACCGACACCUCCGACGGCUGCCGCACGGACAGCGAGGAGGGGCGACCCCGCGGCGCCCGCCGGCACGGCACCACCCUGGGCACUGAGCCAGUGGCUGGGAAGCCGGAGCGCCAUGGGGUCUCGGCGUCGCCACAGCCCCGGGGGCCGGACAGGCCGCAGGCGUCUCCCCCCUGCGCUGCACCGCCGCUGCCCGGGAAAGCCAGCGGCCAGGAGGAUGGCGUGGGGAGCAGCCCCCGGCGGCCCCCCGACAGCCCCCUCUGCGCUUUGUCCACCAACAACUGCAACAACACGCAGGGCCGGGGGUUUGGCACUGCUGGCAUCCCCAUCCGCCCAGCCCUGGGGCCGGCGGCGAUGCAGCCCGCCGGGGAAGGGGAAACCGCCGCUGCAGAGAAGCGAGGUCCAGACGGGAGUGCGGCAUGUGGCGCAUUGCCGGAGUCCCCCGUGCGCCGCAAGGGCAGCGGCGCCUCGGCGGUGGGGCUGCGGAAGCUGCUAUGCAGCCUGAGCCAGGGCACCAAGCAGCGCCUGGGCCGCUUCCGCUGCUACAGCAUGGAGCAGCUGGCGGGGGGCGGCCCUGCAUCACCCCCCCUGCGGAAAGCCCCCUCGCUGCAGUCCCUGGCGUCACCCUUCUGCCAGCCCCGGAAAGCAUCCUCCGUCCAAAACCUGCGCGCCGCUGUGGGCAAGGCGCCCCGUGCCAGCGCCUACCUGGUGGCCGAGCCGGGGGUCCCGGCGCCGCGGCGCACGCUCAGCGUGGAGGACAUCGGUGCCCCAGACCUGCUGCGCGCCGUGGGGCGGCUGGUGGAGGUCUUCCCUGAUGGCACCAGCCAGCUGGAGCUGCAGCGGCCGCCCGACGGCACCUUCGGGUUUCGCGUCGCCUCUGGGCAUGGCCGGCCUGACACAGGCGUCUACGUGCAGGAGAUGGCGGACGCCAGCACGGCCAAGCUCUACGCGGGGCUCCUCGCCGUGGGCGACGAGAUCCUCCAGGUCAACGGGGCCGCGGUGUCCGGCCUGGGGCUGGCCCGCAUCCGCGAGCUGCUGCUCCGGGCAGACACCCUCUCCCUCCGCGUGCUCCGGCAGCGGCCCGCCCAGCGGUAGCUGUGGGCUGGCUCCUGGGAGGCGGUGGCGCUGGGAUGCUCGGCAGGAGGAUGCUACCGUGGGCGACAUCUUGGAGAUGGGUCCCCACCAGUCCAGCCCAAGCCAUGCGUCUCGCCGUGCCGCUCCCCCUCC